AUGGGGGCCGCGGCCUGCCGCCGGUGCGAGGCGCCCUCGCACUGCAUGGCCGUCGAGGGCGGCCGCGGCGCGCCGGGGGAGCUCGGCGUGACGCCGUCGGCACGCGGGCGGGGCGACCUGGACGCCGUGCGGCAGCGCAUAGAGUGCCUGGUGUCGGAUCUCUUCCGCCUGCACGAUCUCAACGGCAACGGAGUCCUGGAAGAGGCCGAGCUGAUCCAGCUCAACGAGCAGAUCGCCUACCUGCACCACGGGCCAGAGGUCGACCUGGAGGGUGUGAGGUCCGACUACGCGGCGGUGUUCAGGCUGAUUGCUCCGGAUGGUGAGCCCGUUUCGCAGUACUCCUUCUCCCGCUACACGCAUAAGGUGCUGAAUGGGAUGGACGAGGACCCCGUGGCGCAAGAGAUGAUCCUCGAGCAGUGGAUCGCGGAGGCGCAGGCCUGCAGGGAAGCCUUCGCCAGCGAGGGCCCCGCCGCGUGGGCCGGCCGGGGCCGGCUCUCCUGCGGCGGGCCGCGAGGCCUCGGCGCCACCGGGCUCGCCGGCGCCGGCGCCGACGAGAAGUGGGCAUCCAGCAUGUCGGAGCCGGACACGUGCGCGGGCGCCUCCGACAACAUCCUGUCGGACUCGGACGCGGUGCUCGACAGCCCAGGGCACACCCAGGCGCUGGUCUCAGGCCCCAGGCAGCCCGCGACACCAGAGGCCAUGGCGCACACGGGAUACCUGUGA